GACAAUGUGUCAUCUCAGUGAGAGAGGACAUCGUACUUACCUGCUUAUUGUAACCUUUAUAAGCUUCUACCUUGGCACUGCCUGGUCUCUUUUCCCUACAGCUGCUCCAAUUUUUAAGGAAACACCUUUUGCAGUCAUAUGGAACGCACCUACACAUGUGUGCCAAAACCUCAAGAUUCCUUUGGAUUUUUCUGUCUUUCAAGCAGUGACCACACCAGCCAGUGAACCUGAUCAGUUUCUUUUUCUGUUCUACUCCAAUCGGCUUGGGCUAUACCCAUACACACAGACUAGUACUGGAAAGGAGUUUAAUGGUGGCAUUCCACAGAAAGGAAACCUGACAGCUAGCCUCACAAAAGCCCAUAAUGAAAUCAUUCAGUAUAUUCCUGAAUUCACCCCAGGCUUGGCUGUGAUUGACUGGGAGGAAUGGCGCCCACUAUGGGCCAGAAAUUGGGACUCCAAAAACAUCUAUCGGAAGCUUUCCAUUCAGUAUGCAAAGGAAAACAAUCCGCUUCUGUCCUCCAGUGAGGCUGAUUCUGUUGCUAAGCAGCAGUUUCAGAAUGCAGCCAGGGCUUAUAUGGAAAAAAACAUGCAGCUGGGGAUCAAACUACGGCCAAACUACCUUUGGGGCUUCUAUCUGUUUCCAGAUUGUUAUAACUAUGGAUGGGGAAGCCCAAAAUACACUGGUGAAUGCCCAGAGAUUGAGCAAACUCGCAACAAUGAGCUCCUUUGGUUGUGGGAGUCCAGUACAGCUUUAUUUCCCUCAGCAUAUUUGUCAUUCACCCUGAGGAAACAACCUGAUGCCGCUUUGUUUGUCCGGGGGAUGGUGAAGGAAGCUGUGAGGGUGUCAGCUCUUCCAAAGUCCCUCUACACCACACCAAUUUAUGUCUACUUGCGCCCUGUUUUUAGUGAUCAGAACAAAGUAUUUCUGAGUGAGAUAGAUCUAGUCCAUACCAUUGGAGAGAGCGCAGCUUUAGGUGCAUCAGGUGUAGUGCUUUGGGGUGCAAGUGCUGACUACAACAACGAUUCUUCGUGUAAAGCACUGGCUUCUUAUCUGCCCUCGACACUUAACCCUUAUGUAGCCAACGUAACUGCAGCUGCAAAACUCUGCAGUCAGACACUGUGCCAAGGCAACGGUCGCUGUGUCCGCCAGAACCCUGAUUCAGCGGACUACCUGUACCUUAACCCAAAUAACUUCAGCAUUCAGCAGCAUGGUGGAAAAUAUGUGGCUGUUGGUGUGCCUUCCCAAAAUGAUCUUAAUCUCUUUGUUAACAGGUUUACCUGUCAGUGUUACGUAGGUCAAGUGUGUUAUGCCCAAAAAAUUAUUUCAGUCCCCAAGACUCCAGUAGUUAUAGAUGUGUGAUUUUAACAUUUCCUGUUGCCUGUAUCCGUUACUAUAGAAUUAUAGUACAGUUAAAAAAAAAUAGAAAAAAAUUGACGAAGUGAAAUAAAAAGAUCAAAGUAUUUAAAAUGGCAUGAAAGCUGUUUUAAUACAGUAAAUGAUUUUUCUAGUCAUGAUUUACUACUGUUUUAAUCAUAAAGGAAGACAUAUAAAUGUAACAUUCUUAGCAAUGGCAAAUUUCCAAAUUCAUAAACAACAAACAAUCAAAACCACAAAAUCAUCAGAAAAGCUUAUUCUUCACUACACUGCUUAAUAAAAAAGAAAAAGAUGCACUA